AUGGCUCGAACAGCAAGAGCGAGAGCGCCUCUCGAGGCCAAGCAGAGCCCUGCACCUUCCAUCACCACCUUUACCCGCGUCUCCAAGAGCCAUGCUUUUCCUGACGCAACUGCCAAAAAAGCCGUCGUCUCCGCCGACCCGACGACGACGACGACGACGCUGUCCAAGAAGCGCAAGGCCUCGUCUCCUCUGGACAGCCACGCCGGCGCCUACACUCGCCGAACCAUUUCGUUCAGCCCGAGCGACGAGGACGACGACGUGGAGGAACAGCAAACGGAACAUGCCGACAUCGCCCAGCGCAAGAAGCGCGCCUGUCGACGACCGGAGCCCACCUUCUCUGCAAAGCCCCCGACAACACCAGCCAAGGCUGCCGCUGCACCUACAACGCGGGGCAAGACAGUCGCCAGGGUUCCCGCUUCGAGAAAGGAGGCUGCGCACCGUCCGACCGCUUCCACCGUCAUUAGCAAGUCCCGGCAGGAAGCCAAGACCGGCCAGGCCAGGAUUGACGCCUUUUACACCAAGCAGCAGCAGGCCAAGUCGGCCGCCGACAACGAAGUCGACGCCGCAUUUCCGCCGCCGCUCGCUGAGCUGGUGCGUCUGCAUCGCAUCUUCCUCAAGACGGUCGUCAUGCAGAUGGCGCAUACUCGCAGCAACGUGCCUCUCGACAUCCGCGAGCUGGCUCCCAACAUUUCAAGCUCGUGGCGCAAGCGUCAGGUCACGGUGGAGGAUGUGCGUCGAUGCGUGGCGAUCGAGUCGUCUACGCAAGACGACGGCAUCAAGUCUCCGUUUAUCGUCGCCGACUACGGCAACGGCAAAGUUUGUGUCGAGCUGCGCGCUGGAUACGAUGGCAGCGCCAUCAACGAGACGCGGCUGUGCAAGCAGUUUGAGCACAACCUCAAGAGCCUCUGCACGGAAAAGGCCACUGAUCAGAUGACGGAUGUCGAUGUCACUCUUGAGGGCCUGUCACUGGCAGAGCUACCCCAGGUCGGCCUGACAGACAUGAAUACUGGCGCCAAAACGGCUGCUCUACUAGUCAAGGGACACAGGGCGCUUUCGGAACUAAAAAACGACAUGGCUGCAAAGCAGCAGGAAAAAGAGGCCCAGCAGCAAGCCGCGGCGACAACGCUCCUCAACGCCGACGGAACCAAGAUGAGCCUGCUCGACCGCCUCCGACACAAGCAGCUCGCUGCCGCCAACGCGCCUUCUCCGCCGACCGGCGCCGAACUGCAGCGCCGUGCGGCCAUGAACCGAGUUGUCGACGUCGCAUCCACCAUUUCCAUGCUCAGCCUUUCCAACCCCGCCUCUCUGCCUCGCCAGGCGUUUGCCAUGGCCGUCAUUGUCGAGAAGCUGCGCGAUUCGCUGCGCGUGCCCAUGGCCAAGGAAGAGGGCAUCGACUGCAUCCGUCUCAUUGCCAAGGAGAUUGCGCCCGAGUGGCUACGGAUCGUGGCCAUUGGCGGCAGGGAGAAUGUGGUCAUUCAGCGCGGCGGUGAGCCGGUCAGCCGAGUGAUUCAGGAACGAGUGCAGAAGCUCAUGUAA